UUUUUUUUUUAAAUUACAGGUCUUGAAGGCUGAUGAUGUUGAUUUGAUGAUCAUUGCUAGAGGGACUCCUGGGUUCUCAGGUGCUGAUCUUGCAAACCUAGUCAAUAUUGCUGCACUGAAGGCUGCAAUGGAUGGAGCCAAAGCUGUGACUAUGGCUGAUCUGGAGUAUGCAAAGGACAAGAUCAUGAUGGGAAGUGAACGCAAGUCAGCUGUCAUCUCUGAUGAAUCACGGACACUGACAGCUUUCCAUGAGGGUGGUCAUGCUCUUGUGGCCAUCCAUACCGAUGGGGCGCUUCCAGUUCACAAAGCAACAAUAGUUCCCCGAGGAAUGUCCCUUGGCAUGGUUUCCCAAUUGCCUGAUAAGGAUGAAACAAGCAUUUCCCGCAAGCAGAUGCUUGCUCGACUUGAUGUUUGCAUGGGGGGAAGGGUUGCAGAAGAGCUCAUCUUUGGAGAAAAUGAAGUUACUUCUGGUGCAUCUUCUGAUCUAAAGCAAGCAACUAGCCUUGCAAGAGCAAUGGUUACAAAAUAUGGCAUGAGUAAAGAAGUUGGUGUUGUCACUCACAAUUAUGAUGACAAUGGUAAGAGCAUGAGCACAGAGACUAGGCUCCUUAUUGAGAAAGAAGUGAAGUACUUUCUGGAAAGGGCUUAUAACAAUGCAAAAACUAUUCUCACCACCCAUAACAAGGAGCUCCAUGCACUGGCUAAUGCAUUGCUCGAGCAGGAGACACUUACUGGAAAUCAGAUCAAAAGUUUACUUGCCCAAGUCAAUUCACAGCAGCAGCAGCAACCUCAGCAGAUAGUUGCACAACAGAACAGUUCGCAAUCCAACCCAGUGCAACCUCCAUCGACUCCUAAUCCAGCUGCAUCAGCCGCUGCAGCAGCAGCUGCGGCAGCUGCAGCUGCAACUGCUGCCGCUAAGUCCAAAGGCAUUGCACCUGUGGGAUCAUAGUCUGAGAGAGGCUGGUAAGGCUGCCGCUAUUUAUUGAAUUGAAUGUGCAUAAUUUAGUUACUGGCCUUUUUGUUCGAGAACUGUAGUUCCAUUUCUGGUAGACUAUUUCAUGUAUAACCAUGUGUUCGAAAAUUUAACAGAAGCUAUAGAAGAAGUUAAUGGCAGUAGAGCAUUACCUUGGCAAGUUA